AUGCAAGGAGGAAAUAUGUUCGACGAGCAUUCAUCUGCAUCAUGUCCCCAGCGUGAUCCUGAAGAUGGUGACCGUCGCCAGAACCACGGCAACAUUCUUUUUGUGGGCAACAUCCCCUUUCAAACCCCAUGGCAGCAUGUGAAGGAUCACUUCAGAAGUGCUGGAAAGGUUCGUUACACGGAUCUUAUCGCCGACAAGACGGGCCGUCCGAAGGGCUCCGCGUUGGUGACGAUGGCCACUAGGGAAGACGCCCUGCAAGCCAUUCGCAUGUUUGAUGAAACCGACUUCGAAGGGAGACGACUUAUCGUCCGUCUUUUUGAUGACGGGCCACGGCCACAGUUGGUGCAGCGGGAAAUGAUGCCUCCGUACGUUCGGCAGGGGCAGUUGCAACAACCGCAGCAUCAUCAACAACAACAUCAUCCGCCACAUCAGCAACAACAACAACAGCAACAACAACAGCAGCAGCAGCAGCAUCAGCAGCGAAUGCGGGGAUUCGGGAAUGCGAACGCUAAUAUGACAUCAUACAAUAAUAGCGCGGGAAACUUCGGUCGUGGUGGUGGUUACGUGAAUCGCGGUGGAUAUGCCUUACCCGAUGAUGGGAAUUCGGGUGUCUUCAACGAUGUGAAUGAGGUAGUGCCAAAGCCACGCAGCAAACAAAUGAACGAAGUCGGUCGCAAAUUGUUUGUAUCAAAUCUUCCGUUUGACUGCACCAGUGUAGCGCUGCGAGAAACGUUCCAGCAGGUUGGCGAAGUGGAACGCGCUGAGAUUAUCAUGGGACGUAAUGGAAAGAGCCGUGGUAUGGGUAUUGUUGUAAUGAAGACAGAGGAGGAAACCCGUGUUGCCAUAGAGGAGUUCGAUGGAAUUGAGAUGGCGAACAGGGCAAUGAAUGUCCGUCUUGACAAUAAAUCCACUUCAUGA